AUGAAAUUCCCGGCCUCCGUGCUGCCGUACCUGUUCCUGUUCGUGGCCGAGAUGACGGCGGCGCUCUACCUGAGCAGCACUUACCGCACGGGAGGGGACCGCAUGUGGCAGGCGCUGACGCUGCUUUUCUCGCUGCUGCCCUGCGCGCUGGUGCAGCUCACGCUCCUCUUCGUGCACCGCGACCUGAGCCGCGACCGUCCGCUAGUGCUGCUGCUGCAUCUGCUGCGGCUCGGGCCCCUCCUCAGGCUGGGGACGGAGUCGGGCAGUGGCAGUGAGGCCUACCUGGUGGGUCAUGCGCUGGCACCACAGAGCACGUGGUCUCCAGAGAUCUCGGGCCUCUCUGGCUGA